AUGAAUCCACUCUUAUCUUGUGCUGUAGACCUUGAUCCUCUGGCUUCAAGUUCUACACUCAAGACAACAGCAACAGUGACAAUACAACUGCCACUGUUUUUGGCCAGCCCAAGUGCAUCACCUCCACCAUUGCACUUGGCAAGAUCCUCUGGAACAAGGAAAAAGUCAAGCCUCAAAAAUUUUAACAUGUCAACCAGUUCCAGAAGAUCAUCUGUGAAAUGGUCAACACCAAUUUCUCAAACCAAGCUCAUACCAUCCAAAAGCACCACAAGCAGUCUAGUACCUUGGUUGCUAACCUCUUCAGAAAUAGAACAGAAACCAGCAGCAGCACAGUCUCAUGUUUCAGACCAACAGAACUACCAAUACCAACCACCUGAAACUCCUCUCUUGUACAUCGGAAGUUCUCACAGCACAUCUACUGGUGCUGCUUCUCUUGAUCAAUCUUCAAGCCUUUCUGCAUUUAUUGAAAGCUCCUGGUCCAUCUCUCAACAUAAAGGCCUUCAUGAUCCUGAUAGGCUUCUCAUUGACCUGGAAAAUGUCUCCUUGUCUCCUGCUCAUCAGGCAAGAAAUGGCUCUCAUUUACCCCUUUCUGGAAUUUUCACCAGGCCAAGGUCAAAGCCAAAGGUGGAGAAUCUAGCAAUGGUUGAGGAAAAGGCUAGAAUGAAUCUUCUACCUCUCCAGAGAGCCAUGCUUCCAGAAUCAAGGACAAUAAAAAGAAGACCUCUUAAAGAAGUGAUGCUACCUGUUGAGGUUGAACAGCCAAUCAUCAACACACAUUCAUCACCACAUCCACCACCUUCUGAUGAUCCACCACUUUCUUGCAAUAUCCAAACACCAACCCCUCCACACUCGCCAGAAUGCCAUUCCACAAUUAUCCAGCCAAGCUACACACUUGACCCAAGCAUCCCAAUCCUCAAUAUUCAGGAUAUUCCAACCUACCCAGCUGCAGUCUAUGGCUCUUCACAAAGCAGCCAACCCAAGAAGAGCCCAGAGAAGCAGAAUCGAGAGGUGUACACCAAGAGGAAGGCCAGCCGAAGUCCCAGUUUGGAGAGAUGUCCAUUAAAGACCAUCAAAGCGGACGGAAACAUUACCUCCGCUCCAACCCCAAAAACCAAGGACCCACGCACCGACGUUUUUCCAAGGCUCGAUGAACUCGGACCUGCCCUCAGCCAAAUCACCCCACCACCGGAAUGUCCGCUUCCUCGAGGCGAAGAUGUCGCAAUGACAUUCGAGCCCCCGGAGACUGUUGUACCGGAGGACGACAGCGACGAUGACAGUCUGUUUGGCGACCAUGAAUUCGAGGCGAGCACGUCGAAAGAGGUGGACCGCGGGCGCCAGCUGGAUCGUGUGGUUCCUACAACAGGGGCUAGGUGGCGUAGGAAAUCACCCAAAAACACCAAGAUACCAAAGGCGAAGAAGGUGGUGCCCGCUCCGAAACCAAAGACGAGGCUGCCCGUGAAGCAUAUCACCGUCGUGGAGUGGAAGAACGACUUGGAGCGAUUCCACUACCUCGCGUCAGGGGGGAAACUUGAUUGGAGGCCUGCGGAAGAGCUGUAUAAGCUGCUCACUACUAUCGACGAGCGGAAGGACGAUUCGUACCUCACCCCCGAGAAUCUCAUGAAGACCCACCUCGCGACGGCAGUCAAGAACUUCCGGCAUGGUGGGUUCGAGGGGAAGACGAGGCAUCUUGCGGACCAGAUAACGAAGUACUGGCGGCAGCUAUGUCGCGAGGCGUAA